CCCGGUACCGAAUCCCCUUAAGUAAAACCACGGACUAAGAUAGUAUCUUAGUCCGUGAGUAAAACUCAUGACAAAAUAAAUAGGUAUGCUAUCAACUUUGUGAUACGCAACUGUGUGUUCUCUCACCACAAAAACUACGUCAUCCGUUCUCCGAUGUUAUAUACCAUUAUUAUUAUAUUUAUUAUUAUUAUUAUUUCUGCUGGUGAGAACGGUUUACGUCACAGUUCUUGGCGAAGUUCGGGAGGGGUGCGCGUUCUCGACCAAUAUUAGUUAUGUUGAUAGCAUACCUAUUUAUUUUGUCAUGGUAUUCGUCGGGUAAUGUUGUAUUCAUAACUUGGUUAGUUAAUCAUGGUUGUAUUCAAAAAUUUUUCUUGGGUAAAAUAAAACAUCGCCCGACGCCCGUCAACCAUUCGCAGUCGGUCAUCACUACUACUUAAGAAUAAACAUAAUUUAAUGUAUUCUUACGAUUUGACUUUUGGACUUUCGUAAUUAUAAGCGUUGGUGCGGAUCAUUGGAGAUAGAAAUUAUCCAGCGUGAAUGAGCAAACCUAAUUGAAAAACAAUCAAUAAAGAGGAUGCAAGUCAAUAUGGAACCAUCAAGUACAACAGUUGAUGCAAAUGCGAUAAAAUCCAUGUAUGAUAUAAUUCACAGAUCUAGAGUGUUGUCAAUCCCGCCCAUUAGAUGUGAUGAUCAAGUAUUUAAUGGCGUUGUUAAACAGGAAAAUAUUGAUAUUCAAAUAUUUAAUGAGGACAUUAUUGAUAAAACAGACCAUCACAAUGAUAGUCAAUUAUUACAAAAAGGGUAUAAUGAUAUAAUACACAGUUCUAAAGUGUUUCCAAGCCCGCUUAUUAGAUGUCAUGAUCAAGUAUUUAAACAGGAAAUUAUUGACAAUCAAAUAUUUACUGGAAUGAUUAAGGAGGAAAUUAUUGAUGAAUCAAACCAUCACAAUGAUAAUCAAUUAAUACAAAAAGGAACUGAAACUGAAAAAAAAAACACCUUUGAUACCGAAAUUAAAGAAGAAUUAGAGUUUAUUAACAUUAAUGAAUUUAAAGGAACAGUUUUAAACGAAAGCCAUUCUUCAGAAUUCAUUACUCGUAUUGAUUUGGACUUCAAAUCUAACUGCUUAAGGAAAAAUCCAUCGACUGAAAACUGUAGUAAAAUGUCCACAGCAUCCAAUUUGACUGUACAUACAAGGAAACAUCCCAAUGAAAAGCCGUAUAAGUGUAAAAUCUGUAAUAAGGGGUUUUCUAAAUCUUCAAAUUUAACAAAGCAUACAAAGAUACAUACCGGUGAAAGGCCUUACAACUGUGAUAUCUGUGAGAAGAGGUUUUCUUUACCUUCAUCAUUAACAAUUCAUAAAAGGACACAUACUGGUGAAAGACCAUACAAAUGUGAUAUCUGUGAUAAGAGAUUUUCUACAUCUUCAGAUUUAACAAAGCAUACAAGGUCACAUACCGGCGAAAGGCCAUAUACAUGUAAUAUCUGUGAUAAGUCAUUUUAUACAUCUUCAAAAUUAAAACUGCAUACAAGGACACAUAUCGACGAAAGGCCAUAUAAAUGUGAUAUCUGUGAUAAGAGAUUUUCUACAUCUUCAUAUUUAACAAAGCAUUUAAGAACACACACCAGUGACAGGCCACAUAAAUGUGAUAUCUGUGAUAAGGGGUUUUCUAUAUCUUCAUUAUUAACAGCUCACAAAAGGACACACACCGGUGAAAGACCAUACAAAUGUGAUAUCUGUGAUAAGGGGUUUUCUUCAUCUUCAUCAUUUACAGUUCAUAAAAAGACUCAUAGUAGUGAAAGACCUUACAAAUGUGGUAUCUGUAAUAAGAGAUUUUCUACAUCUUCAAAUUUAACAAAGCAUUCAAGUACACACACCGGUAAAUGGCCAUAUAAAUGUGAUAUCUGUGAUAAGGGGUUUUCUUCAUCUUCACAAUUUACAAUUCACAAAAGGACACAUACUGGUGAAAGACCAUACAAAUGUGAUAUCUGUGAUAAAAGAUUUUCUACAUCUGCAGUUUUAAAAAAACAUAGAAGGACACAUACCGGCGAAAGACCAUACAAAUGUGAUAUCUGUAAUAAGGGGUAUUCUACAUCUUCAGUAUUAACAGUGCAUAGAAGGAUACAUACCGGUGAAAGGCCAUAUGAUUGUAAUGUCUGUGAUAAGAGAUUUUCUACAUCUUGCAUUUUAAAAAAGCAUACAAGGUCACAUACCGGUGAAAGACCAUACAAAUGUGAUAUCUGUAAUAAGGGGUAUUCUACAUCUUCAGAAUUAACAAAGCAUAAAAGGACACAUACCGGUGAAAGGCCAUAUAUAUGUAAUAUCUGUGAUAAGAGAUUUUUUACAUCUUCAGUUUUAAAAAAGCAUACAAGGUCACAUACCGGUAUAAAGCUGUAUAAGUGUGCUAUCUGUGAUAAGGAGUUUUCUAAAAAAUCGUAUUUAAGAACGCAUUUAAGGGCGCAUACUGGUAUAUAGUUGUAUAAAUGUGAUAUUUGUGAUCUCGGUUUUUCUCAGGAAAAAUAUUUAAAAAGCCACAAAAAGGCAUACCUCUAAUAGUCGUUUAACGUGCAACAUAUUCAAGACACAUAAAUUAUAUUUUAUUUAUUAUUUCUGAACUUUUAAUUCUAAUAAACCUGGACUUAUAUCAUC